AUGAAACCGACUCAAGGAAAGAGGAUCGAUCAAUCCUGUCACUGUAAUCAUGAUACCAUCACCGACAUUAUCAUCAUGAUGGACCUUGGCCUUGCCGUGCUAUCCCUCACGCGUUUCCUCGCCAAUAAUGCGCUUGCUGCAAGCUGGCUGUCGAGCACCCAAAAUCUCAGAUGUGCUGCCCUGAAAGACACUCUUCGAGUAGAGAACACUACCGUCGUGGAGGCUUCUUUCCUCCCAGCAGGAAGUACUAUCCCGGCGCACGAAAGCUGUCCGUACUCCUCCGGGCGCACAGCAACACCCCUCUGUCGCGUCCAAUUCGUUACCCAAACAAGCGAAGGAUCGUCGAUCCGCGCCGAGGCAUGGCUUCCUGACGAAUGGUAUGGCCGCUUUCUGGGCGUCGGGAAUGGUGCGCUGGGUGGAUGUAUACACUUCCUUCGCCCGUAUCUUCCUGAAUACUCACCAAAGGCCUCGAGCGCAGGUAUCAACUACGCAGAUCUCGCAUAUGGCUCUGCGCUCCACUUCGCCGCCGUCGGCUCAAACAACGGGCACGAUGGCAACAGCGGCGAGGCGUUCUUCCGAAACCCUGAGGUCGUCGAAGACUUUGCUCACCGCUCCAUCCACGUGGAGGCUGUGGUCGGGAAGCAGAUCACCGAGGCAUACUACGGCCAGCCGCACCGCAAAGCCUUCUACCUAGGAUGUUCGACGGGCGGCCGACAGGGAACGCAGGAAGCCCUCAUGUACCCAGAGGACUUUGAUGGAAUCCUGGCCGGUGCACCCGCCACUGACUUCAAUCAUCUCCUCCACUGGUCUGGCAUGCUUAGUCGAUACAUCGGUGCCCCAGGGACCCCUACGUUCCUGUCCGCCCGGGAUUGGAAACUUGUCGCUGAAGAGAUCUUGCAUCAGUGCGACAUGCUAGACGGUAUUCGUGACGGGAUCAUCACCGAGCCCGAUGCAUGCCUCUUCCGUCCGGAUGUACUCGCUUGCUCCACACGAGCCGAAGAUGUAACCUGUCUCUCUCCCGAGCAAGUCGAGGUGCUACACAAGAUCUACAGUCCGCUCUACGACAACGGCACGCUUAUCUAUCCGAGAGUCGACCCUGGGGUGGAGAUGCGCUACGCACGGAUAGUCCUCAGCGGGACCGUUCCUCGUUCUCUUCGAGAUUGGUUUCUAUUUGCUGUGAUCAAUGAUACAGCAUUCGAUUUUGGCACCUACGGACCAGAGCAUGGCAGGCUCAUGGAUGCGGUGAAUCCUGGGGGCGUCGCUACGUUUUCUGGCAACUUGACCGCGUUUCGCGAUCGGGGUGGGAAAUUUCUCACAUUCCACGGCCGGAUGGAUGGUCUCAUUGCCUCUGGAAACUCUAAGCGCAUGUACGACCUUGUGUCGCAAACGUUAGAUAUGUCCACACUGGAUCCAUUCUACCGUCUGUUUCUCGUGCCUGGGCUCGGUCAUUGCACAGGAGGUCUUGGGUCUCCCAACUUCGGGCAGUCAGGCGAAGUUUUGCCUAGUGCCGUCAAUGCAAGCUCCCACAACCUGCUUCUGGCCUUGGUCGACUGGGUCGAGAACGGCGUUGGCCCUGAACACAUGGUCGGUACCUCGGAUGAUGGAAAGAGGGAACGCAUCCAUUGUCGUUAUCCCAUGUCGAGUGUCUGGGCUCCAAAACAGAGGACAUGGCUCUGCAUGUAAUUCGGAUAUCUCCCCAUACGCAACCGAGUCUUGCAAGGCACCAUGCCACCAAAUUACAUGUACAUUCCAUCGAAGACACCCAGAACAGCCUACAAUCCCGCCACCAUAUACAACUACACCGUUGACUGUGCUUCAGUCGCAGCUUGAUGUUCGCGGAAUCUGUCUAUCAGGUCCUUGACUGUGUUAGGGUGGACCACAUUAUGCCAGUCUGUCCCCUCCGCCUUCGAUUUUUCAUAGGCAGCAAUAACAGUGUCUUGCCAACCAGUGCCUGCGCUAGGAGUUCAAUGGAAACGAAUCGAAUCAAAGCAUGCGACAUGCCAUAGUAGAUCUGGGCUUCGAGGAACUCUUCCGAGUUGUAGUCUUCGUCGUGAUCCUUGCGAGGUGCGACGCCUGCAGUCGUCCAAUCAGCUAGAGGCACUAGAAAACAAGCGAAGCCACGCACCGUAUGUGUCUUCCAUGACUAGCCUCCUACGACUCUUCAUCACCUCGUUCCGCUUCCUCGUCUUUGCGGUCAAGAUCAAGUAGAACAAGUUGCCGAUCACAUGGACUGCCUUCAUCUUGAGGUCCUCCGCGCUGCAUGAUUCGGCGUGGCGCGCUGCAAGACAGCGCUCGACGAAUUCGGGUGUGUACAACAUCCCGAGGUUCUUCGCGGUCGAACCGACGGGGCAGAUC